UCACACACAGACGUCUAGCUCUUCCUCCGCCUACACGCCACCGCUGAUAAUCUUUUCAGUCCACCUCUUCAUUGUUGCCAAAUUGCAGACGGAGCGAGUGUUUGGCUUGCAGUCUUCGGCGCGGUUCGUUUUCUGUGAAAAUGCCAAAGUGGCGCCAAGGUGUUACAAAAGGGCGAAAACGUUCUAAACGCUCUUUAUUAGCCAAGAAAAUUAAAUGUAUCAAAAGCAAGAAGCAGUUGGCAAAUUUGGAACUUACAACAACAGUGAAAAAACCUGAUAUUCUAGGCAUAAAUGAACAUCACCAAGAAAACGAACGUGAAGCUACAGAAACAUGUAUUACUGAACAGCUCCCAGUGGAAGAUGACUUAGACACCGUGACUCAUUUGACAGGUGUACAGAGAACAUACUCAAAGAGUGCACCUGUUACUUGUACACAGCGUCAAGCACAAGUUCCGUUAGAGGAUAAUCUGGAAUCAAGCGAUGAAGAGUUACCUCCACUUGUUAUUGAAACAGAAAAUAAACGUGCAACGUUUGAAAUUGAAGGCCGCCGAUUAGUAGAUAUUAUGCAUUUUAUCAGAGAAUAUGAUAAAAUUGCAAACCACAAGUCUGUGUGUACAGGGGGGAAGUACAUUUUAGAAAGGGAACUUCGGAUUGGCUUGAUAACCAAGUUACGUUUUCAGUGCGAAAUGUGCAAUAAAACGAGAAUAAUUACUACUGUGUCUGAAGAAAGCGAAAAAACUUUAAACACAGCAUUUGUAUGGGGUGCUAUAGCCACUGGAAUAGGCCACAGUCAAGCAGAGGAGUUUUUCUCUGUCAUUGAUGUUCCAGUUUUAGGCGCAAAACAUUUCAUGAAGCACGAGAAAAGGGUAGAAAAGGUUUGGGAAGAAAAACUAACUAAGAAAAUGGCUGAGGCGAUAAAUGAAGAGAAACGAUUAGCAAUAGAGAGUGGUGAUAUAGAUGAAGGUUAUCCUUUCAUUACUGUCGUCGUUGAUGGUGGAUGGCCAAAAAGAUCGUAUGGCCAUGGAUUCUCUUCGAACAGUGGCAUGAGGGGUAACUGCGACAACCUGGAGGUGCCUGGUGUUGGGUGA